UAUAAAAACCAGAGCGGCCCUGCUGAAAUUAUUCAGUUGCCAACUUUCGCAGAAUAAACAUGUACGCCAAGGUUAUCAUCGCUCUGUGCGCCGUGGGCCUGGCCCGUGCGGGUAUUGUCCAUGAAACUGACCCGGUGGCAUACAGCAGCCACUCGUACGCCGCCCCCGUGUCCACCUACGCCGCCGCUCCUGUGGCCACUUACGCUGCCGCUCCCGUGGCCACAUACGCCGCUGCCCCCAUUGUCGCCAAGAGCUACGCCGCUCCCGCCGUGGCCACCUACGCCGCUGCCCCCGCCGUCGUGACCAAGACCAUCGCUCCUGCUGUAUCUUCCGUGUCUUCUUACUCUACCCACACCUCUCACGGCUCCCCAGUCGCCGCCUACGCCGCUGCCCCCAUCGUAGCUAAGACCUACGCCGCUCCCGCAUACGCUGCGUACUCCGCUCCCGCGUACUCUGCGUACUCCGCUCCCGCCGUGGCCGCGUACUCCGCUCCCGCCGUGGCCGCGUACUCCGCUCCCGCAGUGGCAGCGUACUCCGCCCCUGUCUACGCUAAGACCAUCGCCGCUCCCGUGGCCACUUACGCCGCGGCCGCCCCCGCCUACAACUCUGUGGCGUACUCCGCUGCCCCCGCUGUCUCGCACAUCGCAUACAGCGGACACGGUGCCAACUAUGGUUGGUAAACUGAAUCUAGUCUCCCAUUUAUUUAUUUAAAAAUCAAUAAAUAAAACUG